UGAAGGUGCGCAGUGUGUACUGUGUACUUGUGUAGCGCGGUAGAGCGGUUGCAAAAUGGCUCUGCAUUAUCCCUUGCUCACCAGGUGUUCGACGCUAUGCCUCACCGAAGCUCCAACCCUUCUCCGCUCCCACCCUCCCCUUCCUCCCUCGCGCGCGCAACCUCGAAACCCUAGUGGCUUCCGCUUCUCCCUGGCAUGCUCUCCGCGCUACAAGCACUUCCCCCAGAAGCCGCCGCCCGGGGCUUCUUCCAAAGCCCUCGACCUCGUGCUCGGCCGCGACCGCAACGACGACGAAGACGACGACGACGACGACGACGACGACGACACCGACUCGAGCGACGAGGACGAGGACGAUGCCCCGUUCCUCAUGAGCGCGGCGGAGCGGGCGGAGAUGCGGCGGAGCAUCCGCGCGGUGCUCGACGCGAACCCGGAGGUGGCGGAGGAGACCGAUCCCGAGGAGAGGAGGGCGAAGGCGCGGGAGCUUUUGGAGAAGUACCCGUUAGUGGUGGAGGAGGACGAUCCCGAUUGGCCCGAGGACGCCGAUGGGCGGGGGUUCAAUCUCGGCCAGUUCUUCAACAAGGUCACCAUUAAGCACGCGAAGAAGGAGAACGAUGAUGAUGAAGAUGACGACGGUUACGACAGUGACAAGCAGAUCGUGUGGCAGGAUGAUGACUACAUCAGGCCGAUCAGGGAUAUCUCGGCCGUCGAUUGGGAGGAUACGGUGUUCAAGGACUUCAACCCUUUGAUCAUACUCGUGCACAAUCGAUACAAGAGGCCUAAGGAGAAUGAGAAAGCGCGGAAUGAGUUGGAGAAAGCGGUGCAAAUGUUUUGGCAAGCUGGGUUGCCUUCGCCGAGAUGUGUUGCGAUCGAUGCGUGCGUCGAGCACGAUCUGGUCUCUGCUCUGAAAAUAUCCCUCUUCCCCGAAAUUCUCUUCACGAAAGCCGGGAAGAUACUUCACCGCGAGAAAGUUGCGAGAACAGCAGACGAGUGGUCGAAGAUAAUGGCGUUCUUCUACUACAAGGCGGCGAGGCCGCCUUGCCUCGCGAAAACAGCUGGCCAGAAUCAAGAGAAGAUCCCUUCGCUUGCGUAAAAUAUCGGAGUAAUGUUUCUCCUCCCUGAUCAGAGCAUGUUGCUGCACAUUGAUCAACCAAAUUGUAACACUUGCUUGUAUAGCCCAAAUGAAGCUUCUUUACUUCGUUUUUUCAUAUCCGUCGGAGAUAACAUAUCAAUUCGCAAAUAGGCCAGCAUCCUACUUAUGUGGUGGAGGUCGGGACGGGACGGAGUGUAUGCAUGCUUUUUAUGAGCUUAAUUUAAUGAUCCAACAAGCGGUAUCAGAAUUGAUCACAGAUUCAAUUUUGGCA